AUGCGGUCCGGUGGCUUCGGUCACGGGAGGGGCAGUGCGACUCGUACUGCUCCAACAAGCGGUGCUUCGCGAACUGGUAGUGCGAAUGUAGCGACUGCCGUUGUAACCAAGGGAGCACUUUCAGUGAGGUCCAGCGGCUCUGAUGACGCGCCGUCAAGGUACGACGAGGAUCUUCCGGCGACCGUCUUACCUCCUCCUCCGCCUUCCCCUGCCGUAGCAACCACCGCUUUCUCCUCCCCAAUCGCUUUCAUACCCACCACUACUGCAACCGCUGUUACCUCCGCUGCUCCUGCUGGUGUUUCCAUGCCCAUGUCAGCAUCUGCUGACGCUGCCAACGUGGCUGCUGCUGCUGUGGCGGCUGACGUGGCUGCUGACGUGGAUGCUGCCAGCAUCGCCACGUGGAGAGGUGACGUGGCAGGCGUUCAGGCGGAGGCAGAGGAGCUGCUGGUGCAGAACACGGAGCUGCGCCGUGCGCUGGGGAAGCUGCGGCAGACGGUGAUGCUGGAAGCACGGACUCGCAUGGCUCAACUUAAAAGCAUUCUUAAGGAGAUCAAGCUGGUGCAGGACCAACGCGCCCUGACCUUCUACAUGGACGACAGGCACCUGCCAUCGCCACCACCAGAGCUGAGGGAGAUUGCUGCACUGACUGCGAGGCGGCGACCGGAUGUAGAUGCCAAGGAGGAGGAGCUGGUAGUGAGAGCGCAGGUGCGAGUGCUGUCUCUUCGGGAGGAGAUAGAGCGGGCCGUGCAUGCUGACUUGCGCCUCAGCUUCUCCCGCUGCGCUGCUGCACUGCAGCACACACAAGAGGCGCAGCAGGCGCACACACACGCCAUGCAAGCAUACAUGGCAGCGCAUGCCACACUCUCCCUCCGCCUCACAGCUCUAUCAGUACUUAAACAACCGGGCAGCGCAGAGAAGCUGCAGCGACUGAGAGAGCAGCCCAACCUGCUCUCCUCGCCUGCUGCUAGAAACGCCUUCCUCUCCUCCCUUGAUGCACCAGAAGCAUCACUGUGGGCGGAUCUCCUCUUCUCCGCGUCCCACUUCCCAUCCGUAUUCCUCUCCACCGACCAUCACCCCUCGCGUGUCUCGUCCAUGCAAAGCUUAGUUAACACCCAGAACGGCACGGUUCUGGCGCUUAAACUGCGCACCGACCAUUCUGCUGCUGCAGUGAAGGAAGCCAAGGGGAAGCUUCCUGAGCUGUGCCACGUCAGCGCCUCCUGGGUGAGCCCCGAGGGUGCUGACGUGUCUCCGUGCGCGCUGGCCAAUCGGAUAUCAGAAGAAGAGCGGGGAGGAAGGAACGGAACAAGCAAGGGCAGCGGAGAUACAGAAGGAGGAGCAGGGAUGGAGAAAAAGUCUGACGCUGUGAAAGAAUCAGGCCCCCUGUCAGGGCCCUUAGCACCCUCUGCUCUGUGGCGACAACCCCUUUGGGACCUCUCCUUCCCCACCCAUCCUUCCGCCUUUCCCGCCUUCCCUCACUCCUACGCCUUCAAUUCUCCUGCCUCCUCCCCGUUCUCCUCCUCCGAUUACUCCCCCUUCUCCUCCUUACUCUCAUCACCGUCUCAAUCGCCGGCUACAGAUGGGGCAUCUGUAGCAGGGCAAUCCGCAACUGCUACAGAUGCUGCUACAGGUGAUGCUCAUACCCAAUCCCAUUCAGCCGAAUCUCCAGGUUCGUCCAGCGCCAGCUCACCCCCCGAAUCUGCCACGUCAUCACCCGCCACAUCAGCAGCUGCAGUGAACAUUUCCUUCCUAAUCUACACUUCGCCGCCCACCACAGCCGCCCUAGAUCUCGUCUCCAAGCUGUACGAGUGCACGCACGGGCGGCUCAGGGCGGGCAGCAUAGGCGGGCGCCUGGGAGGGCUCACAUCUGAAGCCUUGGUUCUCUUAGAUGGCCCGUCCAUCCCCCUGCACCACGCCUCUGCCAUGGUCCGUCGUGGGAAGACGGCGGGUGGGGGUGGGAGCGGCAGUGGGGAUAACAGCAGCAGCAGCAGCAGCGGCAAGGGUGGCAGCGGAAGCAACAGCACUGAAGGCAUACCUGGCACAGUGCCAGGAUUUGAAAAGUACUACAACCCUGCAGAUUGGAUCCAAGCAACCCGCCGAACCUCCCCAGGAUUGUUCCUUACGCACAUCCUCGCGCCAUCCCGCAUGGGUGCCGCCCGAGCCUAUAACCUCCUCUCCCUCCUUGCCCGCGGCUCCAUCCUCAUUCUCCUCGCGGGCGGCGAUCUGCCGCCCGACUCCUGCGAUUGGGCGGCGAAUCUCGUCGCGCCUUUUUCGGCGUGGCCCCGGCUGGGGAUUGCAGGGCAUUCGAUGGGGAAGAUGGGGCUGAGGAACGUUCCAGGAAGCCUGCAGCUGGGGGAGGUGCGGAGCGCAGGGGACCAGUUUUGGAACAGAUUGAGGGACCCGGUGACAGGGGUGAGGAUGAGCUUUGUGCUGGGGACAGUCACGGGGCCAAUGGCGGCCAGGCGAGACGUGUUUGUGAAAGUGGGGGGGUUCAGUGCGGUUGAUGGAGGUAUAGAUGCGCUAUCGGAUUGGGACCUCUGCCAGCAUGUGUGGCUCUCGGGCCAUCAGAGCUUCGCUUUAAAACCACUGAUGAGUUGA